AUGGCUGAGGUGAAAGUGAAGGUGCAGCCGCCCGACGCGGAUCCGGUUGAAAUAGAAAACAGGAUUAUAGAAUUAUGUCACCAGUUCCCUCAUGGCAUCACAGAUCAAGUAAUUCAGAAUGAAAUGCCUCAUAUAGAAGCCCAGCAGCGGGCAGUGGCCAUCAAUAGACUCUUGUCCAUGGGUCAGUUGGACCUCUUAAGGAGCAGUACCGGCCUUCUGUAUAGAAUAAAGGACUCUCAGAAUGCUGGUAAAAUGAAGGGAUCAGAUAACCAAGAAAAACUAGUAUAUCAAAUCAUAGAGGAUGCAGGAAAUAAAGGAAUAUGGAGCAGAGAUAUCCGAUAUAAAAGUAACUUGCCACUAACAGAAAUCAACAAAAUUCUAAAGAAUUUGGAAAGCAAAAAGCUUAUCAAAGCUGUUAAGUCUGUGGCAGCCUCAAAAAAAAAGGUGUAUAUGCUCUAUAACCUGCAGCCAGACCGGUCUGUGACAGGUGGAGCCUGGUACAGUGACCAGGAUUUUGAAUCUGAAUUUGUAGAAGUGCUUAACCAACAGUGUUUUAAAUUCCUACAAACCAAGGCAGAAACAGCACGAGAAAGCAAACAGAAUCCAAUGAUACAAAGAAAUAGUUCAUUUGCUUCAUCACAUGAAGUAUGGAAAUAUAUCUGUGAACUGGGCAUCAGUAAGGUAGAGUUGUCUAUGGAAGAUAUUGAAACCAUCUUGAACACACUCAUUUAUGAUGGGAAAGUGGAGAUGACUAUCAUCGCUGCAAAAGAAGGCACAGUUGGCAGUAUAGAUGGACAUAUGAAACUGUAUAGGGCAGUUAGUCCAAUCAUACCACCCACAGGUUUAGUUCGGGCCCCCUGUGGACUCUGUCCGGUUUUUGAAGACUGCCAUGAAGGUGGGGAGAUUUCACCAUCUAACUGUAUUUACAUGACAGAGUGGCUCGAAUUUUAACGGAGAGCUAUAAACUUUACUGACAUUUUGCAAAUGAAGUUACUUUGGGAGCAAACCAUUUUUUCUUGAAAGGAAACUUCACAAUAAUGGAUACAGACUUGCUGCUAUGAAAAAAGUAUCUAUUUAUGAAGAUUGAAACUAUUGGUAGGAUAGCCAGUAGAACAUGAAACAGAUAAGGUUAGUAGUGAAAACUAUUCUUUCUUCUUAAAUUAAAUACUUUGAAGCUC